AUGCGCCGCGGCUUCCUCCUGUCCACACAUCCCCAGGCAUCCGGCUCCAAGCAACAGGGACCAAGUCUGUCAUCCCAAAAGCAACAACGUCAGGGCACAUUGAGACGAGGUUUCUUGCUGCCAAUAGCUCCCCAGGCAUCCGGCUCCGAACAGAAGGAACCACGUCUUUCAUCUCAGCAACAACGUCAAGGCACAUUUAGACGCGGUUUCCUGCUGCCUACAGCUUCCAAGGCGUCCAGCCCCGAACGCUUGGACACAAGCCCUUUCGAUCGUCAGGAGACGUGGGGUGCAUGGACCAGGCAUGCCAGAAGAAUGACAAUGGCAGAUUGGGUGUUCAUGAAAAGUCGGGGCAUCCAUGUUUUGGAGAAAGAUCUGCACCACCUGUCUUGGGUUCUUCAUGAUCGGCUGAAGCAAGGAUGUGUUCAGCAGUUGAGAUGGGUUUUCGACGCGGUGGUUCUGCCUCUGUUGUCCAUGAGGACUCCUCCAAAAGUGAACGUGGACGCUGGAGGGUCCAGCGUCAGCAUAGUCCAAAGGAACGGUGAGCUUGAUUGUCGUUUACACAUGCGCAUGGUGAUGUACCGUGGGGUUCCGCCAACUCUGGGCUCCGUGGUGUCGGUGGCAGAAGGAGACAUGCACACAUGUGUGUUGAAAGAAGACGGUGAAGUUGUGUGCUUUGGCGCAGAGUAUGCAGCCUCUGCGUGCAAUGUGCCACCACACCUGGGUCCAGUAGUAGGUGUUGCUGCCGGGAUGAGUCACACGUGCGUGCUGCAAGCGGACGGCAGAGUUGUAUGUUUUGGCAGGGGUUGCAAGGGCUGCUGCAGUGUGCCAAAGGACCUAGGCCCAGCAAUCGCAGUUGCAGCUGGCAGCAAAUUCACUUGUGCUAUCAAGUCGAAUGGUGAGCUGGUGUGCUGGGGAAGAGUUCCGCAACGUAAGCCGCCAGACUUGGGGCCAGUAGUUGCUGUGGCUGCAGGUUCUCACCACAUAUGCGCGGUGAAGGCAAAUGGAGACCUCGUCUGCUUCGGGCACUUCGGGCAUAUUCUCUCCUUCUUUCGGUUCCCACGGCCCGUGCCGCCAGGGCUGGGGCCAGUUGUCUCAGUGGCAACUUCAGAUACACACACCUGCGUCAUUAAGGCAAACGGACAGUUGGCCUGCUUCGGGAGAAACCAGUGGGGAGAAUGCGAUGUGCCGGAUGAUCUUGGGCCAGUUGUCGCCGUCGCAGCCGGAGAUGGACUGACUUGUGCAGUGAAGCCCAAUGGUGAGCUUGUGACUCUUGGCCGACUACGCGAAGGAUACGGUUUGCCGGCGAAAUUGGGCCCCGUGGCGGUCCCAAGCCCCAGUCCUUGGCAACACCAUGCUGGAGGACUAGUGUUGAAUCCUGCAGCGAUCAUUGAAGAGGAGGCAGCCGCCGUGUCGGUUGCGCAGGAGCACUCCCACUACGCCGCAGAUGUGCCUGCGGUUCGCGACCCCGAGCUUCUCCGCGAGCAAGCAGAGCAUGACUGGGCCGACCGCGUGGUAGAGCGGAUCCUGACUUCGACGCUGUCCCAACACGAGGACCCCGCCCUCGAAGCCCAAGUGAAGGAGGAGCAGGAGGCGGCGGAAGAAGAGAAGGUAUGGAUUAUCCCCUUCAGCUCCACCCCCAAGGAGUUCGUCUCGAAGCUGUUGACCGGACCCGAGUUGAAGACUAUCCGGGAGCAGAUGGCUCAAGAAGGCCGCGCUUUGGUGCUGGAGGGGCGGCACCACGGAGCCAAGGUUUUCGUGUGGCCCCACCAGUAUGCUCGUGUCCUCCAGGAGUUAGAAAGACGUGCCGAGCCAUUGAAGGCUAGCCACGUGGUCAUCUCUGACAGCCUCAGACACUUGCUUGAACAGGUCCAGUCGCAGCUCCCCGUGCGGAAACAGUGCAAGGUGCAGCCAGAUGCCAUGGAGUCGUUCGACCUCCCAGCCUCCUCCUCCGAGAACCUCGCCGAGCAAUCUUCUGACGCAACUUCUUCGGAGGAGUUUGCAGACUGGAUGGAGGUGAACAGAACAUUCCUGUGCAUGACCCGGCGCUACAAGCCGUCAGAUGCAGUGAGCCAGUCCACCCGCGACUCGCGCAAGGGCAGGAAUCCCCGGUGCUACGAGGAUGUCGACCCAGAGAUCCGCAAGAGCUGCGUGGAGGCCCUCGACCGAUGGACCAAAGCUGAUGCGCAAGCAGCUCGCCAGGCGAUGUGGAAGCAGCACCUGCACUUGGCGACCAACGACCCAGAUGCCAAGGUGCGCGCGGCGGCGCUCACGGCCCUCACGGCCAUGCUACGCACGGACCCGGGGGGAGAGGAGGUCCGGGCUCUGGCGGCAGACAUCUGCCCGCAGGUCCUCAAGCGCUGCAACGACGUGGAUCCGGCCGCCAGCGCCGCGGCGCUGCGCUGCGCCGUGGUGCUGGCCGAGCUCGGGAAGUUGGGCGAGGCCGAGUUUGACCCCAUCGUGGACCUUGUCUGGGACAAGGACGAACAGCGGCGUACCGAAGCGGCCACGUUUGUCAGCCGCUUCGUCUUCUCUGAGGACGUCUUUGACUACGCGGCUGCCCAUCUCUCUGCGGGGUCCCUUCUCCCGGUGGGGCCACCGGCGGAUUCGCGGAGGCGACUGCGCAUGCUCUUGGAGUUCAUGAUGGAGUAUGACGAGGCACCCUGA